CCACUUUUGGGAUGAGAAGAUGUGAAGUACAGCAGGAAAUUAGUUGGAGCGGAACUUGAUAGCACGCGCUCUCAUGCGCGCGCCUCUUAACCGUCCAGCCUUUUGUUGCUGCUGAAAUAUUUCUGUGGCUUUUAAAAAAAAUGUUAGAAAUUGAAUUUAACGAGGAAAGACUUCGAUGGGAGAAUGCCUUGUUUUGAGCGACUAAAGCAACAAAAAGAUAUGAGCGGCAUGCUGGAAUAAGACGGUCAUGAGGUGUGGAAUAAAAAAGAGGCACAAACAUCGGAAUGCCACAGGCUGUUUCAGCGCUGCCCUUCCUUUUGACACUGCUGGGAUAUGCUUUUGCAAGGCUCAGUAUCUGGCCAUCAUUCCAUGUUGCCCUUAGCAACGGCAGCGUAUUUGUGGACUUCAGAGCAAAAAACAGCAGCAGCAUCGUAAGUAACUUGAGUCUUUCUCUUGUCGACAUGGGAACAAACACAACCCUUCUGAUCAGGACUCUUCCCAGCAACCAACCGGUCAGUAAGGUGGAGUUCAAUUGUUCCUGCUUCCUGUAUGCGGGAACUUUCCGGUUCCUGCUGAGGCAGACCUCCAUCACCCCUGCUUUAAAUACCAAUGGAACGGAUGGCACUAGCCUAGAGAGCCUCACCUGGUGGUGGAGUUCAGAAUUGCAGGUUCAGUGGCCUACCUUUCAUAUUGCUGUGGAUAGAGCAGCAAACCACUCUGACUCUUUUCAGGUUGGAAUAUUCAUGAAUGAACACUUUCCGGCUUGCUCCAGCUCGAUCAAGGACGUUCUCCUCUUAGAAGUCACGUACAUGGAGUACAACCAGAUAGGACGCAACAGCAUCGACAAGAUUCGGGCACGCGUGCAGCGCCCAAUCAAAGCCAUCCGUUCCCAAAGCGUCGAGUUUUCCUGCGCUUUCCCCUUCACAGAGAAGGACUUCAUUAGAGUGACUGUGCGAUCACCUCACACAACGCAGGAAGUGAAAAGCCUCGAACCUCUCUACCUGUCCCGUAUAUUCUCCUAUAAGCUGCUGGUGGAGAACGCCAACGCAUACAAGACUGGCUGUGUGGGGACCAUGACGGUUAAAAUGAUAACCCCACCAUGUGCUCACAUCAGCGGGAAGGUCGUGCUGUACAGCGAUGCAGCUGUUAAAAGGGGAAUUGCUGUUUCUUCUGCAGCGACGGGGCCGGGACCAGAGGAACCGACUUCUCCUCCUCUGGCUUUCAACUGGCUGACUCAAGGAGAGAACGAGACAGAAUUCAACUGCUCCGUGUUCUACCCGGGAAAGAAUAAGUACUGCUUUCGCUUCGUCUUCAACUUCAGUCGCUCCCCGAGUCCAGCACAGACUUGUCUGGUGGUUUAUAGGAGUGCAGAACAAUGGGGACCUUGGCAACCAUGGAGCACGUGCAGUGCGAGCUGUGGGGAAGCGGUGAGGGAACGGGUUCGUGAGUGUUUGCUUCCCUCGGGUGUGCAGGGACUGCAGUGCAGUGGAAUGAUAAAGGAGCAAUCCCUGUGUUCAUUGGAGGACUGUGCUGUGUCCCCUUCUCCGUCUCCUUCCCCCCGCCCGGUGCCAGUUGGAGUCACAUCCCUCGGUGGCAACAUGAUAGUGAUCCUCGGCAUUUCCCUUUGCUUGUCUGUCAUCAUGGCGACUGUGGUGGUGACUGUGUGGAGGAGGUUUUGUCAGACCCCGCAGUGCAGCUCAGUGCGCAGAGGUUCCAUUCAUUCCCCUGGCGGGCGUAAGUUAUCGGACGAGGCCUCCAUCUGUGGCCACAGCCUCCAAAGACCCAGCCUGUCAGAUUGUCCCGGCUCCUCGGGGGGCGUGGCCGUUCCAGCAGACACGCACUACCGUGGAAAUCAGCCUCUGUCGCAGUCACUGGUGCUGCCACCAGACCCAGAAAGGCUUUCUCCAACAGGUCAGAAGGUGUUGCCAUCAGUGUUUGGGUACAAACUGGCUCAGCAACAAUUGAAAGAAAUGAAGAGGAAGGGGUUAAAAGAAGCCACGCAGCUCUACCAUGUCUCUUCAAGCCCAGUUCAUGACACCGCGGUGGAAAAGUCUCCCAGCAGCUCCGCCGUUCUCUCACAUGGCGAGUUUGCUCAGUCCGCCUCACCUCUGAGUCUGCAGGAUAACGACGACCACGUUUGCGUCGCGACCCCACUGUCCAAGCUUCCAGCGCAGCCUUCAAGGAUCACACCUGACAGGCUGAGCCCGAAGGUGAUGCUGGUCCCAGGCCCUCCGGUUUCUGCUCGCACCAGCAGAGGGAACUCCAAGUGGCAUGACCGCACAGCUGACUGGGUGGAGAUGGUGGGAAGGAGUGCUCCGAUGGGCCUCAUGGGAGGAGGAGAUGCAGACGGCGCCAAGAAUCCGAACUUCAGGCGGACGUCCAGUUUCAGUGACACCAAAUUCUAUGCAACAUCUGCAGCUCAGUCCAGACAGUUUAGAGAAAGGAGCAUGACUCAGGUGGGAUUUCGGACUCUCCCAGAAGGAAGUUGUUGGAGCAAAGGAGGAUGGGAAAGACAACCUCACCGCCCCUACCCUAUCCCAGAGAAUGGAGUUUCAGAGUGGACUAGAGCCAAUACACACAGAAGUGACCAGAAGAAGCUCUGGCUUCACUCAGCUGCUUCUUCUCACAAUCCGGAGCGCAAAAACACAGGAACAAACACAAACAGUUUCCCAGCUUCUGAGAGCGUAGACUUUAGUGGCACAGUGGAGAGAAAAAAGGGUGGUGAGCCAGUAGGGGGCAGCAGAGACUCAGGAAUCGGGGGUCCGGCUACAAAGCCCACCCGGUCUCACGGAACCAACGAUCUGAGUAUAGAUCAGGUUGAGCGGGCGGAGCAGAACUGGAACCGGCGCGGCCCAUCUCCUAUUCAGAGGAACAUCUUAGCGAGGAAGUUGAAGGAAGCUCAGUCCUGCUCCGGAGCCAAAGGAUGCAAGCGGAGCUCAAGUUUUAGCGUGUCUUCCUCGGAGCAGAGGAGGGACCGCUGCCGCUCGCUGCCCAUCUCCGAGGACCACGGCAGCAGUGGUGGCUCCCCCUACAGGCUGAGUGAGGCAGAACAGAGAAUGCUGGACUUGGAUUUGUCUCCUGUGUUCGUGCAGGAAGAGGAGUAGAUAGAUCAGGAAAACAGUUUCCCAGGAAUCUGAAUCUUGAGACAAAGGUCAAAUACUUAUUAUUUAGUGUUUUUGUAAAUGUUUAAAGGUUUUGCCAAAAAAAAACUAUCAUCACUGCUAUAGACAUACACAUUUUAGACAAUCCUACACUGGCAUGGGUCUACUUUGAGACAGAAAUCUAAUUGGAGAAACUUUGAAAUAUCACAAAAAGUUAAUUAAUUCAUUUAAUAAUUAUUGAAGAGUCAUUUUUGCUAUGAAUUUUUAAAUAAAUCUGUGUAUAUAAAUCCACAAUUUAUGAGGCAGUGUAGCUGAAUUCUGCUUCUUUAUUAUCAGAG